CAGAUAUCAGAUGUUUGGGUGUUUUACCCGGGAUCACCCUGGAUUGCGGAUUGCUCUGGAAUUUCGCCCAUCACAUUGGCAUAAUCGCUCUGACGAGCAUACACUCGCAUUUCCCAAUUUUUUUUUUUUAAAUAGCGUUACUAAUGUUUUAAUCUAUGCCACUAUAACCACUGGUUGACUGAUUCAUUGGAAAUAUGAAAAGGAAAGCAAGAAUGCAAGGAACUCACAUCAAGAGAGAGAGAGGAGGAAAGCGGAGAUCUUGCCAAGGAGGUGGCGAAAAAAUUCCAGCAGUCUCUGUUGGUCAAAGUGGUUUGUUUCAUGAAGCUUCCAAGCAGGGUAGCUUGCAGAAGGUAACACCUGUUUCAUCUAAAGAGAAGUCUACAAAUGAACCUACCAAAAUAGAACGUCAAAAUAUCCCUUCUGAUGAUGCACUUAACACUGACGUCACCACCCCGUCAAACAUCUCUUCAGAUGGGAGAAGUAAUUUUGAUGAGGACGAGGAAGAUGAUUAUGAGUCCUUUUCCGCAACCAGACAAACAAAGCAAUCACGCAGAAGAUACAGGAAUCAGAGAAACAGACAAGCAGGUCGACCAUACGAAGGAUCAAUGAAAGGAGCUGAUGGGAAAAGAGUUUAUGUGUUAAAGGGUGGAAAAAAAGCGGGACCAAUAUGCAACUUUGAAAUACACCCACCCUGGUUGGAGUGCAAAGAGUUUGCUGACAUUGAUUUGAACUCUAUCAUGUCUGACAUCAUUAAAAAGUAUCCCUCAAGAAUGAAACAGAUUGAAUUUGUCUGGUCUUCAGUGCAAGUUGGAGAACAAAAAUUGAGGAGAUCAGAUAGAACCUACUUCCUACAGCAUCCUAAGACUAAGGAAAGCCACAGGGUUUGCUGCAAACUCUUUGCAUCUUGCAUUGGCCAAAGUGUGCGGACUCUUCGCCGUUGGACAAAUCCUGAAACCAUUGCCACUCCUUCGGACAUUUCCCCAAGCACCCUCAUUACUAUGGAGAUAGAGGACGAUGAAGAGAGAAAUAGUCCUGAAAACUGGAAAGGAGAAGUCUUACCACUCAAUGCAGAUGAACAGUAUGUGGUUGAAAGCUCCUGUGAUGCAGAGGAAUUGAUGAAUAUAGUUCCCGAAGAAGAGUCAAGUUCAACUUCAAUUGACAUAGACAAAUCAACUGUCGCUGAAAUCAUCAGUGAUGCAGAUGGAGAGAGUAAUGAUGCUUUGACUGCACUUUUUUCAGAGAAGAAGAAAUGCAAGCAAUCGCGCAGAAAGACAAUCAACCAAUUCAAAAGGCAAACUGGUCGUCCAUAUGAGGGAACAACUAUUGGAGCUGAUGGGAAAAGAGUUCGUGUGAUGAAGGAAGGGAAGAAGGCAGCUAUGUGCUCUUUUCACUCUCAUCCGCCUCAGUUUGAAUGCAAAGAGUUUGCUGAUGCUGACUUGGAUGCCAUACUCUCUGAAGUCCUGUCGAAGUGUCCGUCAAGAGCCAAACAAAUUGAAUUCGUUCAGUCUUUAAUCAAAGUUGAAGAAGGGAUGAACGGGACUGAGCUACGUUUCUAUUUCCUUGAGCACCCAGAGACCAAGAAUAAACACAGGGUUUGCAGCGAACUUUUUGCAUCAUGUGUCGGCCAAAGUGUGCGGACUGUUCGCCGAUGGGGUCUUCCAGGAUAUACCGCCAAGAACGAGAGUCAGUUUGUGCUUCUCGGCCCAGAUGCUCUUUUGCCUCCUAGAUCUGACACAAAGAGCCUUGAUGAAUUCUUCAGCAAUUUGCCAAAGAUUGAGUCUGAAUACGCUAAAAGAGCUCAUAAUGAGCAAAAAGCUCAAAAAAAGGCUGGCAGAUUAAAUUACUGGAUUAAGUCAAAGAAACAAUUACAUCAAAUUUACACUGAUUUCUGCAAGGAACAUGGUUAUGUUCAGUUUGGAAGGACGAAAUUCGUUGAAGAGAUGAAAAAAAGAGGCGUGGAACUAAUCAGUUUCUAGGCUGGAAGUCAAAAGUGGCAGGCCUGAAGUUAAAGUACAAAGGAAAAUUAAUUUGCUGCUCACGCAACUGUGAAUGAAAUGAGGGAAAUGAUGACUAGAACUUUGUCGUUGAUUGCACCUACUGCGGUAUAAAUUAGUUAAUUUCAUUAAUAAAUAAUGACAAAACAGCUAUUUCGUAAGUUGUUUUCCGUUACAAGCUCAAUAUUAAAAUGAGCUGAUAUUCUGAACAAUGCAAAAUUACUCAAAUGCCUCAUACGUUCUGCUCGUUGGUAAUCAAUAAAAGCUUAUUGCACCAUCUUUAUACAUAUAUCACAAGGUAUUUCAUUUUGAACUCAAAAUCCUGUUUGGCAAUGUGUGGUUAGAUGUGUAACGCCUAAUUGAUUGCGCUGGUCCUCAUUGUUGACAGCUGCUUGCGGAAUAACGCUAUAUAAUUGUAAUUGUCACAUGGUUAGUCCAAUAUUUUUUGCAUGGUCAUGAAAAUAAGUUAAUUUGCGAUGCAACUGUACUUUUUCUACAUAAAAAGUUUAAUAAAGAAAAGUUGAUUUUAAAUCAAUUCAAUUCCGCUUAA